UCAGAGGUUUGAGGAGAGAUCUGUCAACUCAGCAGCUUUCCACUGUAACAACAUGCACGUCUGGGAUCAUCCAAGGAUUCAGUAUGAAUACUUUAAUGCAGUGCUGAUCAAUGAGGUGGAUGAGGAGGGGAACAGUGUAGAGCUGGGAGGGGAAUUUAUCCUGCAACCCAAUGACCAUUUUAACAACUUGUCAGUCAACCUCAACCUCAGCGUGGUGCAAGUGCCCACCAACAUGUACAACAAAGACUCUGCCAUUGUCAAUGGAGUGUUCUGGUCUGAGGCCUUGAACAAAGUGUUUGUGGAUAACUUUGAGAGAGACCCAUCGCUCAUAUGGCAGUACUUUGGCAGUGCCAAAGGCUUUUUCAGGCAGUACCCAGGAAUCAAAUGGAAGCCAGAUGAGCAUGGAGUUAUUGCUUUUGACUGUCGAAACCGGAAAUGGUACAUCCAGGCUGCCACCUCCCCAAAGGACGUGGUGAUCCUGGUGGAUGUAAGUGGCAGCAUGAAAGGCCUGAGACUGACUAUCGCCAGGCAGACGGUUUCCUCCAUACUGGACACUCUUGGAGAUGACGAUUUCUUUAACAUCAUCGCUUACAAUGAGGAACUGCACUACGUGGAGCCAUGCCUGAAUGGGACUCUGGUCCAAGCAGACGUCACCAAUAAAGAUCAUUUCCGGGAACACCUCGACAAGCUGUUUGCUCAAGGCAUCGGGAUGUUGGAUAUAGCUCUGACUGAGGCGUUCAAUCUUCUCAGUGACUUCAACGAGACUGGGAGGGGCAGCGAGUGUAGCCAGGCUAUUAUGUUGGUGACAGAUGGGGCGGUGGAUACAUACGAUGCCAUCUUUGCCAAGUAUAACUGGCCAGAGAGGAAGGUCCGUAUAUUUCCUUACCUGAUUGGUCGAGAAUCAGCCUUCGCAGAAAAUCUCAAAUGGAUGGCGUGUGCUAACAAAGGGUAUUUCACUCAAAUUUCCACACUGGCAGAUGUGCAAGAGAACGUGAUGGAGUAUCUCCAUGUUCUCAGUCGCCCCAAGGUGAUUGACCGGGAGCACGACACAGUUUGGACUGAGGCCUACAUCGAUAGCACUCUCCCCCAAGCACAAAAGUUGGAGGACGGUCAAGGUCCAGUUCUGAUGACGACGGUGGCAAUGCCAGUGUUCAGCACCAAGAACGAGACUAGAAACCGGGGAAUCCUUCUGGGGGUGGUUGGGACAGAUGUGCCAGUCUCUGAGCUGCUCAAGACUAUCCCCAAAUAUAAGCUGGGCAUUCAUGGCUACGCCUUUGCAAUCACCAACAACGGUUACAUCCUCACCCACCCGGAUUUACGGCCACUCGUGAGUAUUACCUGCAGGUUUCCUGAGUCUGGACGGAGCGAGUGUAGAAAGAGAGGGAGGCUGCGGGAAGCAAGGGACCUGCUGAGUAAACGUGUGCUGAUUUUGCACAAUGAUUACUACUACACCGACAUCACAGGGACUCCUUUCAGUCUAGGGGUUGCUCUUUCCAGAGGCCAUGGGAAGUUUUUCUUCAGGGGGAACGUGACAGUAGAGGAAGGACUUCAUGACUUGGAGCAUCCUGAUGUAGCCCUGGCAGACGAAUGGACAUACUGCAACACAGACGAGCACCCGGAGCACCGCUACCUGAGCCAGAUAGAGGCAAUUAAACUGUACCUCAGUGGGCACGAACCCCACUUAUACUGUGACAAGGAGCUGAUUCAGGAAGUUCUCUUUGAUGCAGUGGUGACGGCUCCACUCGAAGCCUACUGGACCAGCCUCGUGCUUAAUAAGUCAGAGAAUUCUGAUAAAGGAGUGGAGAUCGCUUACCUGGGCACGAGAACAGGCCUGUCCAGGAUCAACCUGUUUGUGGUGCCAGAUGAACUUACAAGCAAAGACUUUCUGACAGCUGAAGACCGAGAGGGGGUGUUCAACGCCGACCACUUCCCCCUGUGGUACAAGCGAGCGGCAGAACAAGUUCCUGGUACCUUUGUUUACUCUCUGCCUUUUAACACAGCUGUGGGCAUCCAGAUGAAACUGGAGUUUUUUCAGAAGAAAUUCUGGACGGCAAGCAGACAGAAUAUUAACUGCUACUUAAUCGACAACAAUGGCUUCAUUCUGGUAGCAGAGGACUAUACUUUGAAGCUUAUGGCCACGUUUACGUCUCCACCACAACACCGCAGCCGGGCCGUUCUUCAGGACGUGGGCGAAGAGAUUUGUGCUGAGCUGUCUCAGGUGACUCUAUAUGACUACCAGGCUCUAUGCUGGGUCUAUUCAGAGAGUAGCGACAGUGGACGCACGCUGUUGGACCCCUACUUCGCUUUCUUCUCAGCUGUGAAGUGGAUUCUCACUGAGCUUGUCAUAUUCCUGGUUGAGUUCAACUUGUACAGCUGGUGGUACUCUGACCUCACCGCUAAAGCUCAGAGGACGGGUCGGACCAUGCAGGUACCGUGUGACACAGAGUACCCGGCCUUCAUCUCCGAGAGGACCAUCAAAGAGAACACCGGCAACAUCGACUGCGACGGCUGCAUCAAACACAUUUUCUCAACCAUGAGGGACGAUUCACGUCACCAGAAACAGAAAGAAAAGAAAGAAGCUUGCAGUGAGGAGCAGCUUCAGGUGUUCAGUUACAUGCCAGUAUCCUCAUCAUAUUUCACAUCAACCUACCCAGAGCCCCCCCCCGUCAGAUGCAUGCAGUGGACUCAUGUGUAAAAGGAGAAUAUUGGAAUCACGGUGCUCGUUUUCCCCCUAAAGUAACAGGAGACGUGGAAAUAAAACGACAGCAUUCCUCUUAAAACUCAUCUGUUUGUUGAGAUUUUCUUGGAGCGAUUUCGACUCGAUUAGUACGAGUUAAACUGCACACAGUAAUUACUGGUCAGAUUUUUCAACUGUGAUGACAGAUAUUUCUGAAAACCACGCUGGACGUGCAUUCAUGGUUAUGCGCUGCAGUUAUUAAAACCUUAGAAAAACAUUAACAUUCUCGGCUGGACAGAAAAACAACAUUUAUCCGAACCUGUGCAGCGAAUGAUUUUUCCAUGAAAUGUACGAGACUGCGUCCAGCUUGGAAACUAUAGUGAAGCGUUACGAAAUGUAUUGUGAACUAGCAUUAUCUGUUAAUAUAUAUAUAGCUUUUUGGCCUUUUUUCAGUGAUGCAGUGAAGACUGACAGGAAAGAGGAAGGAAAGGGCGGCAAAGGGCCACAGAUCAGCCACCUGGGCUGGCCACUCUCAGCCACGCAGCACAUGGUCGCCUGCUCAUCCAACUAAGCUUGACCCAUGAAUUAGCAUUAUGUUAUCAUAAGUAACAAGAUAUCAUUUAGCCGGGACAGUCGUUCAUCCUUUCAGCUGUAGAAAGAUGUGUUAUGUUUUGUCGAAACUAAAAAGAAGUCAGUCUUUCUCCGACUGCACAUGUCGUAAUCCUUCCCUACAGUUCUCAGCUUUAUCUAUCAAACUCUAGCGUUUUGUCUCCCACGUGAGGCUCCACAUUGUUUAAAAGGUCGUCCGUUAUUUUUCUCAGAGAAACAUGUUGGAUGUCCUUGUCUGUCUCCCCGCCAGCCAAAAAGUAGAGGCCACAGCGCUAUGAGGCAACAUUAACAACAAAUUGUCUGUUACGCUAUCUGUGUUUGUGAUACGCAUUGCUGUCUGUCACUUGUGUAUCUGCGCACAUUAUACACAUCAGUGUGUGUGUGCAGUGUGAUGCUCCCUUUCCCAGCUCUGGGUAUGUUCAAGGCCAGCAGAUGUGCUGUCAGGAUGUGUUUAAGUCUUUUCUCCAAAAACACUUGCUCUGCUUUCCAUCAGCGGGCAGCGUGGACCGGACCGGCGCUGUGCAGGGGCGAGCACAGAUUAUUAAACAUCAGCAGAUCCUAAUUCACCCUGAUUGGAACUGGUUUGGCGUGUUUGCUGAGUUGGUUUGGUUUGGUUUGGCCGGUCGUGCUGGGAUAAGUGUAUUAAGUGCAGCGAUUGGCACUCCUCAGGGACUGAAGGCUGUUUGUGGUCAGAUUAAAUUGGUCCUGGUAUUGAAUAAGUAAAGAUGGAGAUAUUCCUGCACAUAUUGGGUCUGUGUUGAUCUCUCUCCCUCUCUGUCUUUGUUCAAGCUCUCCUUCACAAUAGUGAAGUGCGUUUGUGUAUACAGUGUUUUUUACAUCUGUGUGUGUUCACUCAGUCACACGUGCGUGUUUUCAUAUGUGUCUGAUAAAUGCUUCAGAGCGAAUUCGAUAAAUCACCCAGCUGCAGCAAAGAGCACGGCAGAGAAGCAGGAGAUCAAGAAAGAAAGGGUGAUAGAAAGAAGAGAUCAUCUUUACGACCUCUCUUCUUAAUAAAGCUUAUCCACGGCCAUAAAU